GCACUUUACAGUCUGAUCUUAAUCUCAACCUCAAAACAUGCUUUUUAACCACUUUAUGUAUUCAAGACUACAGUUUAUCUCAUCUGCCACCAGAGGUCGCUGUCAGAUUAGUUAACCUGCUGUGAGCAGCACUGGGCUUGGUUCAUGUGGAGGUUGUGUUUGAAUUAUGAGCUCAUGUGGGUGGUGGACUGGACUGAUUUUUGGGUUGAUGAAAUCAGUUGUAUCAAGGACUCCGUAUCAGUGUGUCAGAGAUAGAGUAAAUUUAUCCAGUGAUGGGAAGCAAGUCUAGACCAGGGGUCGUUGACAUCCACGUUGACAGCUUUAAUCUGUGAGUUGAACUUAACAUGGUUCUUCCUCCUCUCUUUUCAUUUGUAAAGUCAAGCAUCCUUCACUUGUGUGUGAGAACGACCUCACCUGGGAUGUCGGAGCAGGGCUGAGAGCCGGGUCUGUCGCUCGCUCUCAGCAGAGAUGAUAACCUGUCUAUCUCAAUCCAGCAUCACAGCCCCGUACCCUCACAGCUACACAGCAAUGUCAUUUAGGUCAUCCAAGCAGUCGCUGUGGUAACCCUGAAAAAAAGCUGCCAAGAACUACGCCCUUGCUUAGGUUGCCAUAGUAACGACGUGGUCGACCUUGGAGGUGUGUGACAUCCUGCUGUUAACUGAGGUCGAGGGUUUCUAGAGUGAUACAUGUAAAAAUAAAUCAUUGUGUCAUUCAUGUCCUUUUUUUCUUGACUUUUUAUUUCUUCUAUAUUUCUUUCUUUUUCUCAACAAUGUCCCUCCUGUGCUCCCCUAGCCUUUUCUUUCUCUUUUUCCCUCUUUUCCUCCCUGUUCCCCUCCCUCUGUCCCUGGAGAGAGUUCGUAUAGACAGUAAACUGGUUCCUCCUCCUCCUGCCCCCCCUCCCCCUCUGCCCACCCUUCGGCUCACUGACAGGAAGCAGGAGGCAACCUUGCCUUGUCCUACAUGAGUGAGAGCUGAGCACUGCCUGAGUGUUUGUGUGUGUAUGUGAAUGUGUUCUUGUUAUCAGUGCUGUCUUAGGGUUUCAAAAGAGGAUGUGGAGGUGGUGUAUAUGUGGCUGUUUUUUGUGUGUGUGUUUCAUAUACUCUGUAUGAGCUGUGUGACCUGGAAAUCACUCGUUUAUUGACAGUCAUGUGGUGCGAGCAUCUUGUGUGAGCGACUGUGUCUGUCAGAGGAGGAGACAGAGCUCAGGGGGAUCACUGUGACUAUGAGUAAAUCGCAACACAACUGAGCUGUGUUUAUCUCUGCUUGCUCUCCCUCUCCCUUUUUUCAUCUCCCUCUUCCUCCUCUUCUCUCUCUCUCUCUCUCUCUCUCUCUCUCUCUCUCUCUCUCUCUCUCUCUCUCUUUCUCUCUCUCUCCUCACUUGUGUUUGCAUAGUAGACGAAGCAGCAUGGACUAGAAAUGUGUGUGCACAUGGUUGUUUGGAGAGGAGGGUAGCGUGUGUUCCUUCAGUAUGUGUGUGUAAGUGUGUGUGUGUAUGUGCUAUGUGAGGCGUUGUGUACUUUGAAGGGAUAUCAGUUGGAGAGGAGUAGAGCAGGGGGUCCGGCUGUUCGUCCGUCAGUCAGUCACUGAGUCAGGAUGGUGCAGCGCUUCAGUCUUCGUAGACAGUACUCCAAGAUUGACCGGUUAGAGGUGAGCGGGUUGGGCCAAACACCACUGGCUGUGUCAUGUGGGGCAGACGGUUCAUUCUCAGCAGGCGAGGAUGGCACCCCGGACCCUCAGCGCACCAAGCAGGCAAUAGCCCAGCUGCAGCAGAAAAUCCUCAAGCUCACAGAGCAGAUUAAGAUCGAGCAGACGGCCAGGGAUGACAAUGUCGCUGAGUACCUCAAACUGGCCAACAAUGCCGACAAACAGCAAAGCACACGCAUCAAGCAGGUUUUUGAGAAAAAGAACCAGAAGUCAGCACAGACCAUCCAACAGCUGCAAAGAAAACUUGAGCACUACCACCGGAAACUGCGGGAAGUGGAGCACAAUGGCAUCCCUCGGCAGCCCAAGGAUGUUCUACGGGACAUGCAGCAGGGCCUGAAGGAUGUCGGAGCCAAAGUCACAGGCUUCAGUGAGGGUGUGGUGGACAGCGUCAAGGGAGGCCUCUCCAGCUUCUCACAUGCCACCCACUCUGCUGCUGGAGCUGUCGUCUCCAAACCCAGGGAGAUUGCCUCGCUGAUUCGCAACAGAUUUGGCAGCGCUGACAACAUCCCCUCGCUUAAAGACUCUCUAGACGACCCCUCAGUGGAAGAAGGUGUGACAGGGACUGGCGGACGUUCAUUUGGCAGUGCUGGGCAUCACCUCCAGUCCAGUCCCAAGUACGGUAGUGAGGACGACUGCUCUAGUGCCACGUCAGGUUCAGCGGGGGACAACAGCACCACUGGGGCCCCUGGAGGCCCUCCCAGUUCUAAGGGCAACACACUGGAGAGGAGUCAAAGCUCCAGCCUAGACAUGUUACUGCAGGAGGUGCAGGAACUGAGGGAUGGCCAGGCAAGGCUUGAGGAGAGCCUGGACGGUUUGAAGAGCCACUAUCAGAGAGACUACACAGUUGUUAUGCAGGCACUGCAGGAAGAACGCUUCAGGUGUGAACGUCUGGAGGAGCAACUGAACGACCUGACGGAGCUGCACCAGAACGAGAUCCUGAACCUCAAACAGGAACUGGCCAGCAUGGAGGAGAAGAUCGCGUACCAGUCCUACGAAAGAGCCAGAGACAUCCAGGAAGCGUUGGAAGCAUGUCAGACCAGGAUCUCUAAGAUGGAGCUCCAGCAGCAGCAACAGCAGGUCGUCCAGUUGGAGGGGCUGGAAAAUGCCACGGCCAGGACCCUCCUGGGAAAACUUAUCAAUGUGCUGCUGGCCCUUAUGGCUGUCCUUCUGGUCUUUGUCUCAACUGUGGCCAACUGUGUGGUCCCCCUGAUGAAGACACGCUCGCGCUCACUGUCCACCCUCCUCCUCAUCCUCCUGCUUGCCUUCUUGUGGAGAAACUGGGACGCUCUCUCGGGGUAUACACACCGCGCCCUGCAGCCCCCAGGAUGACUAGACUGAAGCCAGCACUUGUUGCUUUUGAUGACACCACAUUAAACUGUAGCUGCAGCCAUGCAGGAAGUUUGAAUAACGUGAUUGCCGUUAGGAUGGCUGUGUGGCCGGCGCUGAUAAUCCGGUUGAGCACAUUCGGACACGGCUCGGAAUCAAGAAAAAGCGGAAGAAACCAAGUAAAGUUGAGAAGAUACAUGAUUUUCACUUAGGAUGGAACGAGACAUGUUUACAUUUUGGCAAUGAACUCUUGUAUUGAUAUCCCUCACAGAAUGCAGCGUUGUACUGUUUUUAUCCUUAGGGUUUAAUCAAUUAUAAUGUUAUUAUUUCUAAUAAUAUUAUUUUUAUUUUCAACGUUAUUUUAUUCAAUACCAUGUAGCAUUACCCUCCUCUCACUCUACACGAAGGGGAGAUUAGUCAGGAAACCUGGGCUGGCAGUUUACCCCAAAGGCUCAGUCCAUUUGUAGAGACAUGCAAAUGUGAUCAAUUGGUUGAUUGCCUUUAGGAAGAUAACUCUUACCUAGCUGUGAUUGGUAGAUUUGAACCAUGGCUGAAAACCUUCCUGGGAGUUGCUCCUUACUUGCUGUGAUGAAAUGUUGUUCAGACAGAACAUUUUGAAGGACUGACUAUGACCACUGAGCGUCAUAAUGACUAGAGACUUUUUUUGUGCUUCCUUACCAUUUCUAAUAGCAAAGACCACAUGCUUUUACUUAUGUCCUUUUUAAGUAAAACUGUUUAAUAGGGGAGAGUAAAUAUGAAACCUAAAGUCAGAAUGGACCAGCUGUAGAAGGAGAAGAUGCUCACCACAGAAAGUGCACAUGAACGUACACAGAACAUCUGGUUACUGUCAAGCAACAUGUUUGUAUACAAUGCUGCAUGUUUUCAUGAAGAAAAAAAUACACGGGAAUCAGAUUUGCUUUUAAAAUCAAUGACAGAAGGCCAUUGUCCAAGUAAAACCAAUUUGCCUGGAUAAUUGCUCCCCCUCACCGCACCACCACCAUAUUUGAUAUGAUCAGGUUGGAAAGAGAGACCACUGGUGCUUAUCCAGCUCCAUCUCAGUUGGAACAUGAAUGCUGCUUCAUAUCUCUCCACUACCAUGCCAGUCAAAUGCACACUGCCUGUAUAUGACACUCUCCCUGCGUAUUUUCCCUGUGGCCGUCCUUUUUCUACAAGUACACUAUCAUAUAGUGUAAUCACCCAGUGCCAAACCUUCGUCUACCCAGGGAUGCCGGAGCACCAAAAGGGUCCACGUGAAAAGGAAAGAAAGGUCUUCUAUUCAGAUCUGUCAUGAAUGUUUUGCCUGGAUGUCAAAGUGUUUUUUUUUGGUAGAGACAACUUCUGCGACGGACGUUUUGUUAGAAAUUUCACAAUCUGAACAUGAACUCGACUCCCAAUUCUUCAGUUGUGUGUUUCUGCACUUGCUUUCUUGAGUACAGUUCCUUAGCUUGAUGUCCAGUCUUUCCAAUACUUUCUUUCUCAUCUAGUCAAGGACAUGACAAGAAGACCAAGCACAUUAAAUAGUUCACCCUGCAUUACAUGUUGAGAAGCUGAUGAAUUGUACAGCUGCACUUUAGCACACUGCUAGAUAACACAUGGGUCAGGCCGAGACUUAAGAAAUCUUUUGAUAGAGAUUUCAAAGGUUGUCACUCUUAUGACAGUCAUCCUCAGCAGGAUAAGAAGAGUUGACUCAGGUCAGGAUCACUGUCGUCCUUGUCUAAAGAUAAAAACCCUCAGAAAGGACUUUAGCUCAUUGCUUGUUCAUCAAACUUGACUCCUCUCAAGUUGUGCAAUUAACAUGGCAAUAGAUUUACUGAGCUAUUUCAAUUUUGCCAUGUUGGUUGCAGCAGACAAGUAGGGAGUGAGCUGACCUUUGACCUUAGCUUGACCUUGAAGUAACUCCUAUGAUAUAGGGUUGUGUGCUAAACCACUCCAGUGCCUUCUGAUGUCUUUUUCAAAGUGUGGAAUAAAUAAAGUGCA